GUCCAGAGCAGUAUAGCUGACUAAUCACCACGUGGCUGCAGGUCUGAAUUGGUGAGUGAUUCGCGUCACCGACCAGCGCAAUUGUGUCUUCAGCGACAACUAUAGAUCCAUCACAUCAUGCUACAAGCAUGAAUCCCGCUGCUCCUCCAUGCCUUCCCUGCCCGACUCGCCUCCUCCGGUUCCUCCCCCCGUUCCCGUCGAGACCCAUCCGAACCGCACGGUUGGCGUAAAGCCUACCGCCGCGCAACGAGCUCUCCCGGAUCCCAACCGGCUGGCCCCUGAAGAUGCAUAUUACACCUCGUCCCUGCCUCGGGCCCGGCCGACCCAGACGGGGUACGAUGAAUCUCUCCGAGCGCUCAAUGGCAAUUCGGGCACUGCCGCCUCCGUGGCGGCCCUGCGACCGCCGCCGGCGGUCCCAGGAGUAGGGAGUCGCAAGGUGCGCGGGACCAGCAGACGGAGACGACGAAAGGGCGCAUGGAAGAAGCUGCUGUGGGUGAAACAAUCAUACCCGGAUAAUUACACCGACACGGAGACGUUUCUUGACCACCUCCAGCGGAACCCCCGAGUGCGGCCCUACGAUUUCUGGCCGCUAGUGGCCGACUCCACGGUCAUUGUACAACAUGUUAGCUCCGUGGCUAUAUUUGUGUGUUGCUUUGUCGGCAUUGUACAGGGCCGCGUGAGCCCGGUCUCGGUGGUCUGCUGGGGCAGUGUCGGGACAGCGUUGGGAUGGAUCUUUUGGGACUCGUGGAUACUGAGGGAGCAUGUGGAAAAUGCGCAUGUUGCGGAGCGGUCACUGGAGGGUGACGAUGGCUCCAGUGCUAGUUCCAUGACCAGCUCUGUCAAUCCGUCUGGCACUAGCUCGCGAGCCAAUGGCCAAAAGGAGAACCAGGUGCAUGGGCUGGGGUUGAACAUGUCGCAGGGCGAGUCAAGUGAACUGCUCCGGCGACACAGCACGGGGUAUGUGAGUGAUGCCUACGGGGCUCAGGAACCCGCUUCACCUACGCCUGGGCCUGCGAACGGGACCUUGGGUGGCGGUUCUCAGGAGCCAGACUACCUGUCGAUGUUUUCUUCGCGGAAUCGGCAGCGGCUGUCCACUGUGAAAUCGGCGUUUCUGAUCUACUUCGCGCUGCUCGGGCUCAGUCCGAUCCUCAAGUCACUUACCAAGUCUACGGCGAGUGAUUCGAUCUGGGCCAUGAGUUGCUGGCUCUUGAUCAUGAACAUCUUCUCCUUUGACUAUGGGAGUGGGGAGGGCGCAGGCGCCACCAAGUUCCCGGCUUCUCUGUCCACUAAUGCAGCGGUGAUGGCCUCGACGGUACUGGCGUCGCGCCUACCUUCUACCACACAUGUGUUCAGCUUGAUGUUAUUCUCGAUUGAGGUGUUCGGGCUCUUUCCCAUUUUUCGCCGGCAGCUGCGUCAUGUGUCCUGGACUGGGCAUGUGCUGCUGACCUUGGCUCUGGUCGGGGUUGCUGGCGGCGCGGUGGGGAUCACCCUGCGGGGAGGAUGGAUGGCGGCGGUGGUUGGCUCGAUCCUGGGGAGCAUCCUGACGGCGCUGGCCAUGGGGGGAUGCAGCUGGUGGCUCAUCAGCUUACAAAAGUAUAAGAAUGUGGUGACAGGACCAUGGGACCCUGCGCGGCCGAUCAUCCGGCGGCAUUGGGAUUAGCUGUACGCUUUCUCAGCUUGAUAUUUCCUUUAGAAGAUACCCUACAGUUUAUAUUCAGACUUGUCUAGCGCUAAUAAUGAAGUUUGACAUUGAGACUCUGUUUUGUACGAGUCAGCUCAGACUAGAAAUAAGACGCAACAAUCUGAUUGACAAAUACCAAUAGAUGUAGCUUUUGAUGUCUCAUCCAGCAAUGCAGUCCAGUCACAAUCCUACCAAGGCCGCAACAUGCCGGAAUGCCGUUUGGUAUGUUUGUUGCCUUUUGUGGCGACUCUCCAUCGCAGCUUCCCCAAACGCCCCCAUUUUAUGUCUCAGCAAGUCACUCCCCCCAUUCAAGCUAUGCUAUAACUGGAAACUAGUGUUUCUGCAGCCACGGACAUGCCUGGCCUCCAUCUCCGCGAUCGAGCAUCCACCCGGCAUCUUCUCCAGAAUGUUACGGCGAUGACCCCAGACUGAUCGGAAUGG